AUGGCACGACUGAGGAGGAAAGCGUGCAUAGCUCUGUUUCUUUUCACGCUGUUCAUCUUUGGGACCAUGAUGGGACUGAGGACCCUGAAGCCCAGUGACGGCUUCUCGGACUUGGCUCCGGGCUUGGAGCUCCUGCCGAUGAUCGGAGGAAAGAUGGACCGGCGCUCAGUGUCCAGUGAUGGGACCGCUUCCCCGGGUCAAGCCCGUCCGCCGGACAGCAACGCCAAAGCCGCGUUGUCUAACACCGGCCCCGAGGGGACCAUAUUUUAUGAUGUUCAUAUUUUCUACUAUAUGUGGUACGGCAACCCACAUAUGGACGGUAAAUACAUUCACUGGGAUCACAUCCUAGUCCCGCACUGGGACCCUAAGAUCGCAUCCAGCUACCCGAGAGGGAAACACAUGCCGCCCGAGGAUAUCGGCUCCAGUUUCUACCCCGAACUCAAUCCGUACAGCUCUCGGGAUCCGGAUGUGUUGGAGUCCCACAUGGAGCAGAUCGGAGCAUCAGCAGCAGGUGUCCUGGUCCUGUCCUGGUAUCCUCCUGGAGUAGCUGAUGACAACGGGGAACCUGCUGAGGAUUUGGUACCAGCUGUACUGGAUGCAGCAUAUAGACACAACCUCAAGGUUGCAUUCCACAUCCAACCAUACAGAGGACGAAACGAUCAGAGCGUGCACGACAACAUCAAGUACAUCAUUGACAGGUAUGGCGACCACGGAGCCUUCUACAAGUUCACUACCAGCACAGGGAAGAGUCUUCCUCUGUUUUACAUCUACGACUCCUACCUAACUCCACCCGAGUCCUGGUCUGAAUUUUUGACUCCCACCGGCUCCCACAGCGUGCGCGGGUCAGCUUACGACUCCGUCUUUAUAGCCCUGAUUGUGGAGGAGCGUCACAAACAUGACAUCCUGGCAGGCGGCUUCGAUGGCAUGUACACUUACUUUGCCUCCAACGGCUUCUCCUUUGGCUCUUCUCACCAGAACUGGAAAGCCAUCAAAGCUUUCUGCGAUGGGAACAACCUCCUUUUUAUCCCCAGCGUGGGGCCUGGUUAUAUUGACACCAGCAUUCGACCCUGGAACAACCACAACACACGCAACAGGGUGAACGGACGUUACUACGAGACAGCCCUGCAGGCGGCACUCAACGUGCGCCCAGAGAUUGUCACCAUAACAUCUUUUAAUGAAUGGCACGAGGGGACGCAGAUAGAAAGGGCUGUGCCUAAAAAAACUGUGACGCGGGUUUACUUGGACUAUCAGCCACAUGGACCUGAUCACUACCUGGAGUUGACCCGCCGCUGGGCCGAGCAGUUCAAUAAAGAAAAGGAGCAGUGGCUCAUGUGAGCUUUCAUCAAACUGACUUGAAACGGCACGCCGUAGUGGAAGUGUGUGCACACAUGACAGAGGAGGCGAGAGAGCGAUUGAUUGAUAUAGCUUUGAGUGCAGAAGGACAUGCUGUUACCUUUUUUAAACAUUGCGGAUGCGAGAGGUCCUAUAGAUGUGUGUGCAAAUUCAAAGAUAGGACAUGAAGUGUAUCAAAAACCCAGACUUAAAAAUGCUCUGUGGGUCUGUCUCUAAUCUCUUCUCCUACACAAUUGGUAUGUUGAAAUGUCUGCCUGAUAAUUUAUUGUAUUUCUAAAUACAGUAAGCCCCCA